AUGUCAUUGGUUUCAACACCAACAAUGAUUAUCGGAGUGAGAACUGGAUCAAUCCAGCGUCAACGAAGAAUCGUAGUAGCCAUUGCUUUCAUCUGUGUGAUAGGUAUUGUUAUCACACUAAGUGUCGUUCUCAGUCGUCGUUCUUCAAUAAAAUAUUUGGCAAAUUCAACAUUGACAAAUGGUAAGCAUUUGACACAGUUUACUUCCACGGAAACCAUUGUUUUUGGAAGCAUGAGUUUGCUUUUUGGCAUCUGUCGAUCUUGCCGAGCUUUCCUUUAUUAA